AUGUCAACUCCAUCCAGCCCGCCACGUAGGCUGUGCGAGAAUCGCAAGGUGGCCCUGCUAGCCGCUUCGCUGCUCGUUCUGGUUCAAAAUGCAGCUGUGGUCAGCGCUGCUAAACAGACGCUUUCGCCAUUCGACUGCAGCAACGUAGCCGUCUCGUCAAAACAUGCCUUUGACCUCUCCAAGAUCUCCUACCCCAUUCGUACCGCCAAUACCGAGUCGACGCCACCAUCCGAGACCAAGACCUCGAUCGAUAUCGAUCUGUGCAAGCCACUCGCUGCCGACCCGGAUCGAGACGAGAAGGACCAGUGUCCACGCGGCACGAGGAUAUGCAUCACCAUCGAGACUAUCAAGGAUGGCAAGACCAUCGUCACGCAAGCCAUCCCCGUCGCGUACUCGGGCGAGUCUGGAGGAAGCAAGAUCGAUGCCAAAGUUGAGUGGGGCGAAGAGCUCGAGGGCGGCGAAAAGAGCGUCGAGCUCCAGCUGCAGGGAUCCACGUACGCGGGGCGCCAGCAGCAGGCAGAGCUUGAGCUGGUCUGCGAUCCCAAGGCCGACGCCGAUUCGCAUCCCACUGCGCGCUCGUACGAUCGAGCAGACGGCAAGCUCAAGCUUCGCUGGCCCACCAAGUUUGCCUGUUCCGACGCCGCGUCCAAGCCAGGAAGCGGCGGCGGCGGAUCUUCCGACGAUGGCAGCAACGACGGCAGCAGCAGCAACGGAUCGGAAUCUUCGGGCGGUUGGGGCUUCUUCAGCUGGCUCUUCUUCCUGCUCUUUGUCGGCUUUGUCGGCUACAUGGGCAUGGGCAUGUACAACAACUACAACCAGUACGGCGCGAGCGGCUGGGACCUCGUUCCGCACAAGGACUUUUGGCGCGAGUCGCCGUACAUUGCGCGUGAUGCUGCCUCGCACGUCUGGCAGACGGUGUCGGGAAGCCGCAAUGGAGGCGGAUUCAGUGGUCCCGGUGGACGAGGCGCAUACGAACCCGUCUGA